GUAAUGCAAAGCCAUUCAGUGCAAUUUGAGCCUUUCCCCGAGCAAUUUAUAACCAUUUUAGUUGAAAAUGAAGAAAUUAAUAAUUGUUUUUGCUGGUGUCGUGCUCUUAGUGCAACUAGCACACAGCUUGCCCCUUGUGAAACGUGCAGCUUUUGCAAGAAACGGCGACUCAACUGAAGAAUUUGAUGGGAAACAACAACUUGGCAUUUAUGUUCUCGGUGAAGUUGCUAAAUUUGCCAAAUUCUGUCUCGAUAAGGGCAGUGUGGUUGUCAAUAAUGCCGUGAAGGACCUAAAGGCAAUUCCCGACAAGGAUGAACUCUUGCUAGCGAAUAUCACGCGAAUGUCGAAAAUCGGCAAAGAAGCUGCAGACUUCGAAUUACAAGACGAUGAAGAAAGUGUUAUAAAACUUCUGACGCUUAUGGGUAACUUUACAGAUAUGAUGGCAGAUUAUGAAAGAAUGCCUGAAAAUUCUAAACUGAGGCAAACACUACAGAUAGCGCUAGAAAAUAACGGUUCGGUUAAACUCGAAAACGAAAUGGAAGACAAAAUUGUUGCCUUGUUUAAGGAUUUCGACAUUGCCUUUAAUGAAUACCUCAAAACAUUGUCUCCAAUCGAAAGGCUGAGGCAACUGAAAUUAAUUGUUUGGUAUGAGGACUUUAAGACUGAAAGUCAAGAAGAGAAGAAGCUUGAAAAAUUUGGUCAAUUCUUUACUUUGCUGGAUUAAAAGUGCUCUGAUAAAUAUGUACUACAUAUUUGGAACUAUUUAGAUGCUAGAUUUAAUUUUUAUUUAAUUUAAAUAUUUAAAAAUUUUUUUUUUGCCAUAAAUAAAAUUUUUAAAUUUUAGACCAAUUAACACUUUCGGCGUUUUUCCAAUUGUUUUUAAAAAUAAAUAUAGCA